GUCAAAGCCGCUGCCGGCGCCUGAACCCGGCACCGGAGGAGCAGCAUCUCAACCCGGGAUCGGCUGAGGUUUUCGCGUCGCGCGCCCGUCGGGUGGCCAAGUCUGUGUCCCCCUCAGCCGCCGCUGCUGCCCCAAACUUUGGCCAGCGCCGGCCGGGCUCCGCGCCAGGGACGAGCCAGGAAUUUUCAAGAUGAAUUAUACCAUGUCUAGCCCACUGGCAGAAGCAACUGCAAUAGGUUUUACGCCUGAGUUAGAAAGAAUCCUACCUGUGCCUUCCAAUGAGACCACUUGUGAAAACUGGCGAGAGAUACAUCAUCUAGUUUUUCAUAUAGCAAAUAUUUUUUUCGCAAUUGGAUUGGUUAUUCCAACUACACUUCACCUUCAUAUGAUACUUCUUAGGGGGCUGUUAGCUGUAGGAUGUGCCCUUUAUGUCGUCUGGGCCACUCUCUACCGAUGUGCCUUGGAUAUCAUGAUCUGGAACUCGGUGUUCCUGGGGAUCAACAUUCUGCAUCUUUCAUAUCUUUUGUACAAGAAAAGACCGGUAAAGAUCGAAAAGGAACUCAAAAGCAUCUACCGGCGAUUGUUUGAACCCCUCCGUGUGUCUCCAGAUUUGUUCAGAAGAUUAACUGGACAGUUUUGCAUGAUCCAAACGUUGAAAAAGGGCGAAAGCUAUGCUGUAGAGGAGCUAACCUCAGUUGACGACCGUCUGAGUAUUCUCCUGAAAGGAAAAAUGAAGGUUUCCUAUCGAGGACAUUUUCUGCAUAACAUUUACCCCUGUGCCUUUAUAGAUUCUCCUGAAUUUAGAUCAACCCAGAUGCACAAAGGUGAAAAAUUCCAGGUCACCAUUAUUGCAGAUGAUAAUUGCAGAUUUUUAUGCUGGUCAAGAGAAAGAUUAACUUACUUUCUGGAAUCAGAGCCUUUUCUGUAUGAAAUAUUUAGGUAUCUAAUAGGAAAAGACAUUACAAACAAGCUCUACUCAUUGAAUGAUCCCACCUUAAAUGAUAAAAAGAUCAAAAAGUUGGACCACCAGCUCAGCCUUUGCACUCAGUUGUCCAUGCUAGAAAUGAGGAAUAGUAUAGUCAGCUCCAGCGAAGAUGAAGACGGCUUACACCAGUUUCUUCGGGGCACCUCCAGCGUAUCCUCUCUUCAUGUACCAUCCCCACACCAGCGAGCCUCGGCUAGGAUGAAACCGAUAGAAGAAGGGGUGGAAGAUGAUGACGAGGUCUUUGAACCUGCGCCUUCAAAUACAUUUAAAGUUCGUCAGUGGCCUUGAUCCCGAGAGAGGAUUCAAGUUACCAAGAGGGAAACUGUCUUGGAGAGAUCCUGAAAAAUACCAGCACUUUUUCAUGGCUUUUAGAUUUUUUUCUGCUUUCAUUCACCCAGCUUGGUAGAGUCUGAGGGCAGGAAAGUGAGGGAAAUUAAAAAAUGGGAAGGUUACCUUCACUUUUACUGGUCAGCUUUCAGUUUCACUGAGCCUUCUGACUAAAAUGUGUGCUAUUUUUGAAAGAGACAUUUUCACAGU